AUGACGCCCCCCACACUACCAUACCCCGGGGUUGCGCUACCCAUGACGCCCCCCACACCACCAUUACCCCGGGGUUGCGGCUACCCCCAUGGACGCCCCCCACACUUACCAUACCCCGGGGUUGCGGCUACCCAUGACGCCCCCCACACCACCAUACCCCGGGGUGCGGCUACCCAUGACGCCCCCCACACUACCAUACCCCGGGGUUGCGGCUACCCCAUGACGCCCCCCACACCCACCAUACCCGGGGUUGCGGCUACCCCCAUGACGCCCCCCACACUACCAUACCCCGGGUUGCGGCUACCCCAUGACGCCCCCCACACUUACCAUACCCGGGGUUGCGGCUACCCCCAUGGACGCCCCCCACACCACCAUACCCCGGGUUGCGGCUGCCCCCAUGCCACUACACCGUGA